AUGGCUUCCCACAUAAACCGCCGGCUCUUGCUUUGGACCCGCGUGAUCAUCGGCACGGCAUCCGGAGCCAUCAAAGUUUUUGGAAGGCCAGGCGUGGAAUUUUACGGGCAGCAUGCAAGUGAAAGCGGGGAAAUUGCAGUCACAAAGAUCAUCGCCUUGCCCAAUGAGGGGCGCGUGGUUUCACUCUGUGACGACAAUUCAUUACAUCUUUGGGAAAUCAAUGAGAAUUCAGUUAUUGAAACUAAGUCGCUAUCAUUGGAAGGUAAAUUAAAAAAGAUCUCAGCAAUGUGUCUCGAAUCUAAUGGCGAUCAUCUCUUGCUGGGAACCGAGGGUGGCAAUAUCUACCUUUUGAAUCUCAGGACUUUUACGAUGUCCGACACUAUAAUUUAUCAAGAUGUAGUCAUGCAAAAUGUACCCAAGGACUUCAAAGUGAAUCCUGGGCCUGUUGAGGCCAUUGCCGAACAACCAGGCCACCCAGACAACAUUCUGAUUGGCUACAACCGCGGACUCAUGGUGCUCUGGAAUAAAGCUACUCCAGGUGCUCAACAGCUGAUGGGUUUGUUUUCGCGUGCGCAGACCUUCGUCUCCACGCAGCAAUUGGAGUCAGUGCAUUGGGUCUCGGACACGCGCUUCGUCUUUUCCCACAACGACGGCUCCUACGCAUUCGCCAGUCCUGGAAACGAGGAGCCACCAACGCCAACGACGCCUUACGGACCCUUCCCCUGCAAGGCCAUCACCAAAAUCGUCGUACAUCCCACGGACGACGAAGAUGAGUUGAUUCUCUUCUCUGGAGGUAUGCAGCGCUCGGUUCAUAGUGAUCGCCAUACCAUAACUGUGAAGCGAGAAGGAAACAACAAGAAGCACGUUGUUUUUGACUUCACCUCCAAAGUCAUCGACUUCUUUACAAUUCUGCCGAAGAAAAGGCAGCCGACCGACGAGGAGGAGGAGAAGGACGAGAAGGCAAAGACGACCGAGUCGCCAGAGGCUCUAAUUGUCCUCGCUGAGGAGGAGCUCAUAGCCAUAGAUCUGACGGAUCCGGAUUGGAAGAUGAUGGCCUUACCAUACCUCGUGUCGCUUCACGCAAGCGCUGUGACAUGCUCGCAACACGUGCCGAACGUGCCAGAGGAGCUGUGGGAAGCGAUAGAGUCCGCGGGUAAGGCCCAAACGGAGCACCUCUAUUCUGAAAAGACUUGGCCUAUCGACGGGGGUGUAUUGCUGAAUGAAAGGCCCGUUGCCGAGGUGGAGAAGCCAAAGGUGCGCGAGUUGCUGCUCACCGGUCACGAGGACGGCACUGUGCGCUUCUGGAACGCCUCGGAUGUCGCCCUUACGCCUCUUUACAAGUAUAACUCGUCAAUAUUAUUCACCGGCGAGCAUCUCGACGUACUCGAGCAGCCACCCGAGGACGAGGAAGACGAAUGGCCACCGUUCCGAAAGGUCGGCACCUUCGAUCCCUACUCCGACGAUCCUCGACUCGCGGUGAAGAAAGUGCUGCUUUGCCCGCUGUCGUCCAGCCUUGUGAUCGCAGGUACAGCCGGUCACAUAAUUACUGCCAAUAUCUCGAGCGAGGCAACGAAUAAGGAGAUCAAGGCCGUGAAAAUGAAUGUGGUGAACGACCGGGAUGGUUUCGUCUGGAAGGGCCAUGACCAUCUGCCCGCUCGCACUGCCAGUAUCUCUUUCGCGGUCGGCUUUCAACCCCAUUGCCUUUUGCAGUUGUAUCCACCCGCUGCGGUAACCGCUCUCGCGAUGCACAGCGAGUGGGGAUUAUUGGCUGCGGGUACGGCGCACGGCCUCGCUGUCUUCGACUACGUCAGAGUAAAAGCCGUAAGCGUGAAAUGCACUCUCAAUCCAAAUGAUCUCUCUGGUGCUGGUGACACGCCUAUCUCCAGAAGAAAAUCGUUCAAAAAGUCCUUGAGAGAGUCGUUCAGAAGAUUAAGAAAAGGAAGAUCUCAGCGAAGGGCAACGACAGCCGGCAGUCCACCUCGUACCGCAGUCCCAGAAACAAAAAAGAAGGAAAUUCCAAGUUUGGCAUCGUCUCCAAGCGGCGACGCGGCCGUAGAUGUAAAGCCUGUUGAGCGACAGGUCGAAGCUAGACCUGUUGACGAUGCAUUAGGCUCGAUGGUUAGAUGUCUAUAUUUUGCUAGAAGUUAUAUUAUUAGUAUGCAAAACACAACGCCGACACUAUGGGCUGGCACAAACAACGGAACAGUCUACGUAUUCACUUUGGCGAUUCCGGCGGGUGUUCGUCGCACCGAGGAGGACGUGAACUGCACUCUUGGCAAGGAGAUACAGCUGAAACACCGGGCCCCGGUAAUUGCCAUCACCGUUCUAGAUGGUUCGAGCGUACCUCUUCCCGAGCCCUUCGAGGCCGAGCGCGGCCUGUGCCCGGGACCCGACAUGGCUUCCGCCCACCGCGUCCUCAUUGCCAGCGAGGAGCAAUUCAAGAUCUUCAAUUUGCCCUCGCUCAAGCCCUUCUGCAAGUACAAGCUCACGGCCCACGAGGGCUCACGGGUCCGAAAGACGGGCUUCGCCAAAUUCACUUGCCCCGUCGAGCCGUCGGGUCAACACGAGGAGACUUGCCUCGUCUGCCUCACCAACCUCGGCGAGUGCCUCGUGCUCGGUAUACCCGAGCUCAGGAGACAACUAAACGCCGCGACGAUCAAGAGGGAAGACAUCAAUGGCAUAUCUUCGCUGACGUUCACGAAAGCCGGCGAGGCCUUGUACCUGCACUCGUCAUCCGAGGUGCAACGCAUAUCCCUGUCGGCGUGCAAGGUGACAAAGGCGCACUGCGCCCUUAAUUUGCCGCCGAAUGCGCGCACCGUACCCGAGGCAACCGCACCCGAGAAGUCCACGAGUGCGCAGGAAGAGGGCAAG